CUGAUAUUCUUCAGUACAGGUCUUAUUCAAGUUAAUAGCCCUGACUGAGUUGAAAAAUGUCGGUCCUGCAAUCUUUCUCCGACCUGGCUCCGCAUCUGCUCAACGCCCUCGUUCGCAAGGACGAGGACAGCUCUACUACAUCAGCGUGUCCCUCUGAAAACGGCUACGAUGGAAGGAUGGGCGUCCGAGUCUCCGCCAUCUUCGUCAUCAUGUUCUCCUCGAGCUUAGGCGCCCUAUUCCCCGUUCUCUCCAAGCAGUCACGGAUAAACGUGCCAGAAAUUUGCUACUUCACUGCAAAGUUUUUUGGCUCGGGGGUUAUCAUCGCUACUUCCUUCAUUCACCUACUAUCGCCCGCCGUCGAGAACCUCGGAAACGACUGCCUGGGCGGAACUUGGACCGUCUACCCAUGGGCCAUCGCCAUCUGUAUGAUGACCAUCUUCCUUCUCUUCUUCAUCGAGGUCGUCACAUACCGCUUCGCCACCUUUGAAUCCCUCUCUGGCGUCGCAAACGACCCAAGCUCAAACACCCACACCCACACCCACGGCGGCCACAGCUUCGCCGACGACGACACACAGACUAACGCCGUGCACUUCUCCCACGACGACGACCACAUCGACUCCAACCAAGGCCCUGAUAAGACAAACGCGCUCAGGCUGGCGGACGACGCCUCCGACGCGCAGCUCGACUCGUCCAUGAUCGAUCUCGAAAAGAUGAAGCAGGCGCCCGCGCACUCCGAGAGCAUGGCCGCGCAAAUGACCGCCGUCUUUGUGCUCGAGAGCGGAAUCAUCUUCCACUCGGUCUUCAUCGGCCUCAGUCUUGCUAUCGCCGGUGAGGAGUUUAACACCCUCUACAUCGUCCUCGUCUUUCACCAGGGCUUCGAAGGUCUCGGUCUCGGAACCAGACUUGCCGCUACACCCUGGGCCCCAAGCAAGCGCUGGGUUCCCAUCGCGCUCGCAGUCGCCUUUGGCCUCACGACCCCGAUCGCGAUCGCCAUCGGCCUCGGCGUGCGCGAAUCCUACAGCGACAGCUCGCGCAAGGUCUUGAUCUCGAACGGCAUCUUCGACAGCAUCUCGUCCGGCAUCCUGAUCUACACCGGCCUUGUCGAGCUUAUGGCGCACGAGUUUUUGUUUUCGCAUGAGAUGAAGCAUGCGCCGUUUAAAACCGUCUUGCUCGCGUUCGGCAUGAUGUGUGCUGGCGCGGCUCUGAUGGCUCUUCUCGGGCGAUGGGCAUAGAUCUCUCCUCCUCACUUUCAGUAUUUUUCAGUAUUUUUAAUCUUCUUUUUUCUCUUGGUAUUCCAAACUCGGCAUCAUUUGAUCUGGAUUUGUAUAUGGUUUAUAUAUCGGUUUGCGUUUUCGGGAUUUGCUUUGUUAUUUUUUAUUUUCAUUUUCAUUUUCUAUUGGUAACCGGUUCAUGAUUGUUUUACAUACAUGGUUAUAGAGCACACGUACAUAUAUGAAUAUAUAUAAUAAAU